AUGCGUGAAUUGGAAGAUGACGAGAUGAGAGCUGCCAUCGAGGCUUCUCGCCGAGAGAUGGAGCUCUCUCGUGAACGCGGCAGAUCGUCCCACGCAUCCAAUUUUGUGGACUUGACUGCCGAUUCCGACGAUUCGCAAAUAGUGCAGAAUUUUCCAAAAUCCAAGUCCGUGGUCAGUUCUGGUUCAGACGAGGAUGAAGGCGAUGAGGAGCUCCAACGAGCUCUGGCCAUGUCCUUGGAGGUGAACAAUGCAACCGAAGACAAGGCUUCUGAAGUCACGCAUCCUGAUAUGAACUCUAUCAAUCGUCAAACUAGCUCUAUUCCAAUGGGGUUGGCUGGGAUUGAUCGAAAGAAGAUGGAGCAAGAACGCCUCGCUCGUCUGGCUAAGCGUAAGACCGCCGACAACGCAGGCUCCCCGGAAACCCAGCCAGCCCAUAAAAUUCUCAAAACUGAGCCCAGCUCAGCAAAAUCUUUUUCUGUUCGCCCACCGGACUUAUCUCGGCGGGCCCCUGUGUCAGGUUCGACUUCUGCCCCAAGAGCAAAUGCUGUUCCCAAAGAACGCAUAUAUGUCUGUCCCAAGACUGCAGCCAAUACACCGGGUCUGGAUAUCCAGCCGACUGCCCGCCCAAUGAUUCAGUGGCCACUAGGAGCAGUAAAGAAAACAGUUCUUGAGGGAUUUCCCCGCCAGGGAAAUGACAUUACCAUUGAAGAGGUCAUUCAACGCGGUGAGCUAGAGCUUGCGAUCUUCAGCUCAUUUUUAUGGGACAUGGAAUGGCUUUUCACCAAGCUUGAUAUCCAAAGGACUAGAUUUAUGCUGGUCAUGCAGGCAGACAACCAAUCUGUGCGAGACCAAUACACCGCAGAGACUGCAGAGAUCAAGAAUGUUCGCCUAUGUUUCCCACCGAUGGGGCCGCAGGUGUUUUGCAUGCACUCGAAACUCAUGCUAUUCUUCCACACCGGAUACCUCCGGAUUGCAGUUCCCACUGCCAACCUGACCUCUUUCGACUGGGGCAAGGAAAGUUUGAUGGAAAACACUGUUUUCCUUAUCGACCUGCCCAAAAUCGGAACCUCAAUCCAGAAAUCAAAGACUCCGUUCUAUGAUGAGCUGGUGUAUUUCCUUGAGGCCACCACUAUCCACCGCAACGUAAUCAAGAAGCUGGAUGAGUACGAUUUCAGCGAAACGGCGCGGUAUGCAUUUGUUCAUACAAUUGGCGGAGCCAACACCGGAGAAUCGUGGCGACGAACGGGACAUUGCGGCCUAGGUCGUGCUCUGAAAACACUUGGACUGAACUCAUCCUCGCCUAUCAAUAUUGACUAUGUGACCUCGUCCAUGGGAAGCCUCAACACUGGCUUUUUACGAUCAAUCUACCUCGCAUGCAAAGGCACGUCUGUCCAUACAAUAGCCACGCCCAACCGACAGCACGCCGCAGCUCACGAGAAGCUCGUGAAGAAAAUCAAUAAAGAGGUCCUGGACCACUUUCGCAUCUAUUUCCCCUCUGACCAGACCGUGCGCGCGUCGCACAUGAACCCCAAUAAUACUGCCGGCACGAUUUGCUUUAAUUCCAAGUGGUGGAAGAACCCUGAUUUCCCUCGGAGCUCUCUCAAAGAUUGUGAGAGCUUGAGGGGGGCUCUUAUGCAUAACAAGCUUGCCUUUGUUCAUCCUUCCAAGCCAAUCCCUCUGCCGGAAGACCAUGAAUGCCGCGGAUGGGCUUACGUGGGAAGUGCCAACUUGUCAGAGAGUGCUUGGGGUCGUUUGACCAAAGAUCCCCGGACCAAAGAUUUCAAGAUGAACUGUCGCAAUUGGGAAUGUGGUGUGAUUGUCCCAGUCAUUAACAAGAGCACUGCUCCAAAUGUCAAACCAGAAGAGACAGAGAAGGAUAAAGCAAAGGGAAAGGCACCAGAAACUUCUACCGACAACGAUGAUCCUCCUGCUCCUCUUCCGGUGGACCUAUUCCAAGACACAAUUCCUGUUCCAAUGAAGGUCCCUGCUGCUGAACUCAACCAAAAUCGAAUGCCAUUUAUCUAUUCUGCUUGA